AAACAUCUUCUCCCUUCGCGUCGAUGAUGACCUCAACUCUCUGCGUACUACAUCCGCUCUUGACGUUCAAAUGCAGCGUUGCUCACCGUAUAUCGCUCAGGCUUUAUCAUUAUCCGUACUAGCAGUCUGAAUGGUUGUCUGGACACGUCUCGCAAUUGCAAGUUCCCUUCCUAUCAACACAGGUUCGCGUCUUUUGUUGGCAUCAUACGCAUCAACGGGAGCUUCAGUUCUAAGGCUCGCCUCUGAUGACAUUUCUUCCCGCUCUGGGAGAAAAGAUACCCUUUCCCCCUGAAAGAAAAAAAAAGGAUCACAAGCAAAUUCAGUUCUUCAUAGCGGUCCAUCGGGUCUUGCAUCUUCGGCAAUUAGAUUGCCGGAGCCGGUCAUGUUCACACCACUUUACUCGGGGGUCUCUUCCUUCUAUCACAGCCAGCGAACACAAACGACAUGGCCUCAAACAACCGCCUCUCUCAAAUAUCAGGCCACCUCAGCAACACACAUAGCCGAGGUCUAUUGGCGAACGAAGUCGCAAUCAUCACCGGCGCCGGCCAAGGCAUCGGACGUAGCGUUGCACUACUCUUUGCUAAAGAAGGCGCCAAAGUCGUCAUCAGUGACAUCGAUGCAACCAAACUGAUCUCCGUAUCCGCCGAAAUUGAGGCUCUUGCAGGUCCCGUGAACGUCCUCUCGGUAGCAGGCGAUGUCGGCGCAGAUGACUUUCCGAAAAAUAUCGUCGAUGCUACAGUCAAGGCCUUUGGAAAAAUCAAUCACAUCGUCAACAACGCCGGGUUCACAUUUGAUAAGAUGCUGCAUACCACCCCAGAUGAGGCUUUUGACCUGAUUCUCAAGAUUCACGUGCGCGCGCCGUUUAGGCUGGUGAGGCAGGCAGCACCUUAUUUCCGAGUCAAGGGCUCCACGGAAAACCGCUCCGUAAUUAAUGUUUCCUCCACUUCCGGCCUGCACGGGAAUGUUGGCCAAGCAAACUAUGCUGCAGCCAAGUCUGCUGUUAUUGGUCUCACCAAGACAAUCGCGAAAGAGUGGGGUCCAUUUGGUGUGCGCGCGAAUACCAUUGCCUUCGGUUUGGUGCAUACAAGGCUAACAGCUGUGAAGGAAGCUGGGGCAACGAUAGAAAUCGACGGCAAGAAAGUAGCGUUAGGUGUGCCCGGGGCUGGAGUGUCUUCGUCUCCUGAGGAAUAUUCCCACAUUCCGCUUCGCCGCGGAGGUGUGCCAGAUGAAGCUGCCGCCGCCAUGCUAUUCCUCGCAUCUCCGCUCGCAUCUUACGUUUCAGGCCACACUUUGGAAGUUACCGGAGGCGCUGGUAUUUAAGAAAAAACAAACGACUAAGGUCUCCCACUUUAUUUGAUGCGUUUCUGUCUCAUUUUGCACAUAUGUAAUGGCAACCAAGGACAUUGGCAACAGCACUGAAGAAGUAGGGGGUGGGUGUUCUCAGCAUAGAUUUAACGUUCAAGAGAUUCUUCAGAUUACAGUGUGUCCUUAUCAGUUCUGAACUUCCUUGGAACGUCCUUAAUGUCCACGCGAUUACCAUUGCCCUCUAUCUCAUCUAUGAACUCGGUUGCUCCUGUAUCAAUAUUCCUGUUCUCUUCAAAUAACCCUCUUAGG